AUGUACUAUUGGUUAUAUGUUGAUGUACUGAAUCGUGAGCCAAGCCAUACCGAUACGAUUGAAUUGUAUAAGGAUCUGAUUAAUCAACACGAUAGUGGUUCCAUAUUUCAGGAAUAUAAAAAUCAAUUUAACGAAAAAAAGUCCGAAAAUCUUAUAAAACUUUUUACUUUAUAUAAAAAUUUUAAUAAAGUUGAAAUUGAUACUACAUCUAAUAAAGAAAAAUGUGGCUGUGCUAAAGAAUGCGCUACUACAUAUAUGGGUUACAUAGAUUUGUGUCAUAAUGGUAAUGACCAAGAUUUUUGUAAUGAAUUAAAAAACUUUCGAGUAAGAUAUAAUAAUCAUAUUAAAUCAAUAGAAAAUUGCAAUGCCCCCAAAGAAUUACCAUCCUUUCAAGGAUCUUCACUAGCUGCUACCAUUUCAAUCCCAGUUUCUAUAAUGUCAGUGAUAUCAUUCUUUUCAUUUAUUACAUACAAGGUUGCAUCAUGGAUAAACCAUACAUUAAUGAAGAAGAAAAGAUCCUUUAAUGAAUUAUUACAGGCAUCAGAAAAUAAUUCGAAUAGGGGACCAUACAACAUCGCCUAUAGUUUGUCAGAAUAA